AUCCCUCAACAGUUCACGCACACCAAGUACCAAGUCCCGAAGAUGGAUCCUUCGAGCUCCAACAUGGAGGUCUCCCUCUCCCUGAAGAUCCACACCUUCCGUUUCAAGUUCAGGCGGUGAACCCUGUCUUCCCCCUGUCCCUGUCCCUCCUCUUUCCAUUUGCCCCCCGUUUUUCCAGCUCGCGUUUUGGGGCCCCGGUUCGAGGAGGGAGGUAGGCAGCUCGCUCGCGAUUUGCUAGGGUUCUUCUUCUUCUUCUGGUCUUUUAUGGGUGCGAGCUUCUCGGGGUUCUCGUCGGACUCGGACUGCUCGGACGGAGACGCCGCCCUGGCGAAGCCGAGGCUGGGCGACAUACCGGAGAGCUGCGUGGCGUCGGUGCUCGUGCACCUGGACCCGCCCGAAAUCUGCGGCCUCGCCCGGCUGAAUCGGGCCUUCCGCGGGGCGUCCUCCGCCGAUUUCAUCUGGGAGUCGAAGCUGCCGGAGAACUACGGGGCGAUCGUGGAGAAGGUGCUGGAGGAGCCCAAGGUGUUGAACUUGGGCAAGAAGGAGAUCUACGCUCGACUCUGCAGGCCUAGCGCUCUCGAUGGCGGUACAAAGGAAUUUUGGCUGGAUAAGAGGACGGGCGGGGUUUGUCUGUCGAUUUCAUCCAAGGCCUUGAUGAUCACCGGAAUACAUGACCGAAGAUACUGGAAACGCAUUUCGACCGAGGAAUCUAGAUUCCAUACGGUUGCAUAUCUUCAGCAAAUCUGGUGGUUUGAAGUAGAUGGAGAGUUGGAAUUUCCAUUUCCCGCAGGGACGUACAGCGUCUUCUUCAGAGUCCAGCUCGGUAAGUCAACCAAGAGACUGGGCCGCCGUGUAUGUAAUCCCGAGCACGUCCACGGCUGGGACAUAAAACCCGUCCACUUCCAUCUCACAACUUCCGAUGGGCAGCGUGUCGUGUCCCAGUGCCACGUGGACAAUCCUGGGAACUGGAUCCAUUACCACAUGGGAGACUUUGUCGUCAUGAACCCUGACACAUCGAUGAAGAUCAGAUUUUCAAUGACCCAAAUCGACUGCACUCACACCAAAGGCGGUCUCUGCGUGGACUGCGUUUUGAUAUGUCCUAGUAGUGUUCGGAAAUUGAUUAAUUCAUUGACGUAGUGCGAGUAUCGAAAUGACAUGGAGAAGCAUGCGAUAGUACAUAGUUUCGGGCAAACUGUAGAGCUAGUUUUGAUUGGAUCAUGAAGCUUACUGUGUCCAUUGUCCAUGUAUGUAUAUACUUUGAUCUUGCUCCUCUCCCUUCCAUAAUCAACUUUCUGUGCAAUACUAUGUAACUAUUUCUUUGUCCUUUCCACAUGCGCGAUGAAAUUGGUCAUAUGAAGAGUA